AUGAGAGCCAGAAUAUUGAGUUUAAGAAAGAACAUCAUCAGUAUCAUAACUCAGCGCCAUUAUGGCAAACCACCUCGCUGUGACGCGCACAUGAACGAGUUACCUGUUCCUUGCGGUCCAUGGGAGCCAUGGUACACAGCAAAGCAGAACCUCUACAACAAAUUCUUAGUGGUAGGAAUACUGUGGUGGCUCUUUAGCUUGGGAAUGGUAAUUUACACCGACAGCCUUUUUUUCAAUUGGGGCCCACCUUUGAACCCCGGUCCUCCGAGUGAUAUGGUCGAAGAAUGCGACGAUAGUGAUUCUUAA